UUAUAUAAUUUAUAUAGAUGUUAUAUUUCUUGCAGAUUUUAGGAAUCAUGGAGAACAUGAGCUACUUCAAAUGUCCAAACUGCAGUGAGCCUUACUAUAUUUUUGGCAAGGGAGGGGCUCAAAAGACGGCUGAUGAAUUGGGUAUGAAGUUUCUUGGUGAGAUACCUUUGGAGGUGGGGAUCAGAAGCGGUUCUGAUGAAGGUGUCCCUAUUGUAAUAUCCAAUCCCGAUUCUUUUGUAUCCCAAGCCUAUGCUAAUUUGGCCAAAAAUGUGGUCGGCACUCUUGAAGAUUUAGCGAAGAAGCAAUACUUCCGACCGGAGAUAACCCUCUAGAGAAUGGAGCAAACUCUUGAUGUAGCUUUGAUAUCGGCUACAGCCAAGUCUAAUUCACUGCAUUGCGAGGCAACCAGCUUUGGUAUGAUUUCACAAUCUUAUGGACUUUGGCAAGGUUUCUC